AUGGAUUUCGUGACGCACAUGCCGAAGGAUCUAAGGAUUCGUGAUGUGCAAACCGGUACACUGUCCUCCACCGCAGCUCAGGACGUACCAGAAGCGUACGAGGAGCGGGUGUUCAGGAUGUUUGGUGCAUUUGAAUGGAUCCGCCACGAUCAAGACCCGAGGUUCCUGAGUGAGGUCUUCACUCGAUUCAGGGAACUUCUAGGUAGUCGUCAAAGAUCCAAUCUGAGCUACCGACCACAGGCCAAUGGGCAACAAGAACGCUCAGUUCAGACUGUCAUCCGGCGUUCGGAUUGGGAUGGCCAUGCUGAACGAUUGAUGUUCGUCCUGAACAUAUCUUGUGAUGCAACUCGUCUGGAUACACCAUUCUAUUUGGUCCAUGGAUGGGACGCUCAGGGCACUGUAUCCUCCAUGUUGGCACCCAAGCCGUCAAGCCUUCCAGAACGGACUGCGUAG